CACUCGUCGAUGGCUUGCCGUGUUUGGAAUAAGGACUGACUCUUGCUCCUUGGCCGUGAUCAUGAAGCAUAUCUAUUUAUUUCCCUAGAUGCCCUCUCCGGUGUGUCUCUGUUUCCUUGUCUGUGUUCUCUCAAGUGAAACAACAAAAGCGUGGCCGAAUCCCUGAAGCUUGGAAGUUGGGCUCGGCUUUAUCCUUGCUUCUUGGUCACCUACAGCACACGUACAUACAUCAGUAAUCACCCAGCCUUUCCCCCCUUGACAACCACCCACAUCCGAAAAGGAGCACAGCGUACUGCGACCUCGCGAUAGUUGAGCUCUCUUGCCCGCCAUGGCUUCGGAUCCCAUCCUUCCUUUGGGCGUGGGCUACGGCCUCAUUCUCGGCCUAGGUUUCCUCUUCGCCCUCUUCAUGAUCGUCAUCACAUGGUGUCUCAAGCGCUACAACUAUGAACUGCAAACCUCCGAAAUGUUUACCACCGCCGGUCGCACCUUGAAAUCAGGUCUCGUCGCCUCCUCCGUCGUCUCCACAUGGACAUGGGCUGCCACCCUCCUGCAGAGCUCCGGUGUCGCCUACCGAUAUGGUGUCUCCGGUCCAUUCUGGUACGCCUCCGGUGCUACCGUCCAGAUCGUCCUCUUCGCCACCCUCGCCAUUGAGCUGAAGCGCAGGGCCCCCAACGCCCACACCUUCCUGGAAGUCGUCAAGGCCCGCUACGGCGCCGUCACCCACUCCGUCUUCAUCGUCUUCUGCUGCUUCACCAAUAUCCUGGUGACGUCUAUGCUCCUCACCGGUGGUGCCGCCGUAGUCGAGCACCUCACCGGCGUCCCGACCGCCGCCACCGUGUUCCUCUUCCCCCUCGGCGUCGUCGUCUACACCCUCUUCGGCGGUAUCAAGGCCACCUUUAUCACCGACUACUUUAACGCUCUCGUCAUCCUGAUUAUCAUCUUCGUCUUUGCCUUUACCGUCUACACCACGAAUAACAUCCUUGGUUCUCCUGCUGCCGUCUAUGAUAUCUUGACCGAUAUCGCUAAGGAGCGUCCCGUGGAUGGUAAUGCUGGGGGCAGCUACCUCACCAUGCGCUCUCAGGGCGGUGCCGAGUUCUUCAUUAUCAACAUUGUCGGCAACUUUGGUACCGUUUUCCUUGACAACAGCUACUAUAACAAGGCCAUUUCUGCUUCUCCUGUGCAUGCUCUGCCCGGCUAUAUCAUGGGUGGCAUCUCUUGGUUCGCUGUUCCCUGGCUCACCGCUACCACCAUGGGUCUUGCUGCCCUUGCUCUCGAGCGCUACGACGUCUUCCCUUCCUUCCCUGACCGUAUGCCCGAUGCCGAUGUCACCGCUGGUCUCGUGCUUCCCAACGCCGCCGUCGCAUUGCUCGGUACGGGCGGUGCUGUGGCCACGCUCUUCCUUGCAUUCAUGGCCAUUAUGAGCACCUACUCCUCCCAGCUGAUCGCCAUCUCGUCCAUCUGCACCUACGACAUCUACAAGACCUACAUUAACCCCGCCGCCACCGGCCAGCAGCUCAUGCGCACCAACUACAUCGGCAUGACCAUCUUCGCCCUCUUCAUGGCCGGCUUCUCCACCGCCCUCUACUACAUCGGCGUCUCCAUGGGCUACCUCUACCUCCUCAUGGGCGUCAUCAUCUCCUCCGCCGUCGUCCCCGCCACCCUGACCCUCACCUGGUCGGGCCAGUCCUGGGCCGCCGCCACCUUCGCCCCCAUCCUCGGCCUGACCUGCUCCCUGAUCGGCUGGCUCGUCACCACCCACGUCACCUACGGCGAGUUCUCCGUCGGCACCACGGGCUCCAACACCCCGAUGCUGGUCGGCAACAUCGUCGCCCUGCUCUCCCCCCUGGUGUUCGUCCCGAUCCUCACCUACCUCCCGCCCUUCAAGCCGCAAAAGUACGACUGGCAGUCCAUGCUCGAGAUCCGCAAGGUCGACGACCACGACAUUGCCGACUCGGCCCACGUCGACCUGGAACUCGUCCCCGGAAAUAGCCGCGGCGCCGCCACCGAAGCCGCCGAAUCUACCCCUGCCACCGCCGCUGCUGCUGCUGCUGCCGACGAGAAGGCCAAGCUCGACAAGGCGGCCAAGAUCGCGCGGUACCUCUGCAUCGGCCUCACUCUCGGCUUCCUCAUCAUGUGGCCCAUGCCCAUGUACGGCACCGAGUACGUCUUCAGCAAGGGCUUCUUCACCGGCUGGGUCGUCGUGGGGAUCCUGUGGCUGUUCGUCUCGAGCGGCAUGGUCAUCUUCCUUCCCAUCUUCGAGUCGAGGAGUACCAUUGCCCGGACUACGCGCGCCAUGUUCUCCGACUUGCUCGGCUUGGGUAGAAAGCGGGCUGUUGAGGUUACGCAUGGCAGGAGCAUGCCGGGUGAGGCGACCCCUCCGGAGGGAGAAGUCUCGGAGAAGGUGGCAGAGAAGAACUGAAGGAGGAUGGCUCCGGGAAGUUGAAGCAGGAGAAGAAGUACGGGAUACCCCGGGGUUCGGAAGGAUGAUAGACUUCAUGUUUUCUCGUCCUUUGACGUUCGGUGUUGAUUCAUUCGUCUAGAUUUGAUAUUUAAGAUACCUCGAC